ACAGGAGUAACGUUUGAAUAUUUGCAGAACGUUUUAAAGCAAUUCCGUUUAAUAGUUUUAAUGUCAAAAUGUCAAAAUUUACUGGGAAGUUAAACAAUCCAUUUAAUUGCUUGUUAAAAAAUACUAGGGUGUUUUUUUUUAAAUAAAUAAAAAAAUCUUCAGUUACAUUGUUGCUAGGCAGCUAGGGGAAAGAUUACACUGGAGAAGAUGAAGAGGUGAUCAGGUUCUUCUCUCUGUCCCUUGCUGAUCGAAACUGUUACAGAUGGUCUGGCAAACUAAACUGAACUCAAUGGUAUGCCCCAGAAAAAGGAGAAGAGAGCAAAUAAAGAGGAAGCAGCAACAGGUCUUGCAAACAUUAACACACCACAAAAGAAAUGGCUUUGGGCUAUUUUCAUCAGAUUCUGGUCUACUUGUCAGGACCCACAUUUUAAAAAUCCAGAAGCUAUAGUAUAAAACAAACUUUUUAAUGCCUGGCAACCCUACUUUAAAGGCCUACUUUGUUUACUUAAAAGCAUUGGCAGGAGCCAUCAAGCUACAGUAGCGCCAAUCUUUGCUAACAGAAAGGAGGAAAAAACUAAAAAGAUAGCAGUUAAAAUUCCGUCUCGGUUAUAUAUUUCAUCCUUUAAAAAAUUUGGUUAAAGAUUACAUUGAAAGCCUGCAGCACAUACCUAUUAAAGCAAUUGUGCAGACUGCCUUGGUUAUUACAUUUCUGAGAAUGCCAAUGGCAGCAACUUUCUGGACUUCAGAAAAGGAGGGAGACUCUGUGGAAAGUAAUAAAAACACCGAAGGUCCCAAUAGCACAGCAAUUCCUGAUGGAGGAUGGGGCUGGCUGAUUGUUCUCAACUUUUUUCUAGUAAAUGUAUUUGUAAUUGGAACACUGAAAAACUUUGCCAUUUUCUUUGUGGCUUUUCAAGAAGACAUUGGUGGCUCUUCUGAACACGUCAGCUGGAUUGGUUCCAUUAUGUCCUCACUUCGAUUCCUAGCAGCACCUCUGGUAACUACAGUGUGUGAAGUGCUAGGAGAACGGAAAACUUCCUUGUUAGGGGCUCUCCUGGUUGGUGCUGGUUUUCUUAUCAGCACACUGGCCACAAGCAUUCCUUUUCUUUGGGUCUCUAUGGGACUCCUAACAGGGUUGGGUUUUUGUCUGUUAUAUCAGAUAGCUGCCGUCAUGACAGUUAAGUACUUCAGGAGAUAUCUGGCUUUAGCCAAUGCAAUUGGCCGCUCGGGAAUGGGGCUGAGUGUUGUGCUAACACCACUUGUUCAAUUCCUGAUAGACAUGUACAGUUGGCAAGGUUUCUUAUUGAUAUAUGGCGGCAUCAUGUUGAACCUUGUACCUUCUAGCCUGUUACUACGGCCAGUUCAUAAGAAAAAAACUAGAGACAUAGGUCCUAAAAGUAAAGGCCAAAUGGUUGUACUAAGUAUGUUUCCUGAAGCUUUCAAAGGCAGCCUAGAUAAAACCUGCACCAGAGAAUUGAACAUACUGGAUCUUCCCAAUCAAGAAUGUGCUAAAUCAGACAACCUGCAACAGUCUAAUAAUUUAGUCUCAAUUAUCUACAAGUUUUCUGGAAUGCCACAGAAAAACACUUGUGUGGAUGCCUAUAAGAAUGAUAACCAAACUGGUGAUCAAAUUUGCAUCCGAUCAAAUGAAGGAAAAUCCAGGGUGCAGUCUUUUAUCCAGAAGCAAUGCCAUCUUGUUGUCUCUCACCUGAAAAAUCCCUUCUUCCUUAUUUUCACGUGGUCUUUUCUCUUCAGUCAGCUUGCCUAUUUUAUCCCAACUUUCCACCUUGCAGCCAGAGCCAAAACAUUGGGUAUUGAUCCAAUGGAUACUGCUUACAUCAUAUUAGUAGCUGGGAUAGUAGAGACAGUCAGUUUACUAGUCUCUGGCUGGAUUGCUAAUCAAAAGUGGACUAAGACAUACCAUUACCAUAAAACAUACCUCAUUCUUUGUGGGCUCACUAAUCUGCUGUGUCCUCUGGCUACAACCUUUCCAUUACUUAUGAGUUACUCUGUAAUUUUUGCCAUUUUCAGUGGUGGAUAUCUUGCACUGCUGAUUCCUGUGCUGGUAGAUCUUGUAGGUGCAGCCAGAUUUCACAGUGCCUUGGGACUUGCCUCAUUCAUUUCUGGGUUUGGAGUUAUUGUUGGACCUCCUAUAGCAGGUUGGCUGUAUGAUUACACACAGACGUAUGCAUGUUCCUUCAUUUUGGCUGGUAUAUGUUUCCUUGUUUCAUCCAUUUCAUUAUUCUUGGAACCUUUAGCCCAAAAAUGGAGACACGAAAGUUGAAUCCACUAUAUCAGCAGACAAAAUUCUGCAAUUCUCCAAAGCUUGAUCUUGUAGAAGUUAUAAAUUUUCAACAAUAAACUAAUUAUGGGAUUGUGGCUACAAGGUGUCUUUCAAAAAUAUUCUGGAUAUUCUGGACGGCUAUGAGCUAUGCUGUGACUAUAUAUUGCUGUAUCGUUGCAUGUGGUCAAAUAAAAGCUGCUCAGCUAUUUGUUAUGGAUGCUUUGAUUCCUGCAAUCACCAAAGAGUCAUGGUCAAAACGAAUUGUUGUUUCAUUUAGCAAAUUGUGUUCGAGUCUGAAAAUUAUUGCAGUUAUUAUCCAAAGCAAAUGGAAAUGUUAAAUUAGAUAAUCCCUUCUCGUACCUUGACAGCUGCUUGAUCAAUAUUCCAAAAUAGAGGAACAGGGGAGAUGCAAGUUUAAGUAUAACAUCAGCUAUAUGUAGAAACUCGCAUGGUCUCACUCUUUCUCAGGCCAACCUACCUCACAGGAACGUGGCAGGGAUAA